AUGGCUUUGAUAACAACAAUUGUGAUGACAGUUACUAUGGCGUAUGUCAAUGCCGACUACAAUGAAACUUUGGCCAAAGUUAUGUUGACAUUGUCAGCUGCUGCAUAUAGUGAUACACCAAAUGAUUGUCUUCAGAACCGGUUUACCAACGCUGAGGUAGGUGUAUUGAUAAGAGUAAAGUAGCGUUGAGUAGUUAGAGCGGGGUAGGAUAGGAUAGGGUAGAUUUUUUUCUACUUUUUAAAUUAAAAGUGCUGAUUACAGUUGAUUGAACGCUUUGAAGUUGAUUGUGAUAUUACCCACAACGACACCUGUGCCGCCUACAUUGCAGUAGUUCAUGAAGAACAGUCUAUCGCUUUAGUGUUUAGGUAUGAUGCUUUCUUUACGACAAAUGGCAAAAACUUUCUUUACAAUACAAAAAUGACAUAAUCUUUCAGAGGAACAAAAGCCAGUGCCCAGAUGGACCUAGAAAUACUAGCAGCCUUCACCUUCCUACAGCAAUACCUAGACACGGAUACCCAAGUCAACAGUUACUUCAAUACAGCCUUUGAAGACCUUUUUGCCGCAGGCAUUUUGGAAAAAUUGUCUGACUUGAGCAGCCAAUACCCAGAAUAUAAACUGUGGGUCACUGGACAUUCUCUUGGAGCAGCACUGGCUAGUCUGAGCAGCUUGAAGUUGUGUUUGAAUGGCACUUGGAAUGAGAACAACAGUGAACAUUACACUUUUGGGUAGGGUUUUUUUAAAUAAUAUUUCUUUAUUUUUGUGACUGCGCAAUUUGAAAAUAACGUUCUAUGUUGAUUUUAAAGGAACAUUUUCAGGCUUAUGUUAAUCGGUUUUUUUAUUUUUGCAAUUUUGACGAAAUGUGACAGAGUUUAUUGGAAAAUUAAAAAUUUUUAAAAACGUGGAAAAUAUAAUGUUUGUACUUGUGUUAACUUUAAACUGCUAUAUUUAUCAAUUUUUUGCAAUUUUUUAGUUUUUGACGAAAUGUCACAAAACUUAUUGGAAAAAUUGAAAAAGUGUGACGAAGUGUCACAAUUAAAUUUUAACAAAACUUUUUCGAAUUUUUGUGUAAUUUAAAGUAAUUUUUUAGCAAAUUUCUGGUUUUCUGUUUCAGUUAUGUGAAGAAGUGUCACAAUUUUAAAAUUUAAAAAAAAUUUAAUUUUCAGAAAACCACGUGUAGGCUACAGUGAUUACGCCGACCUUCACACCAAGUACGUACCACACCACUAUCGUGUUGUGCAUGCUCAUGAUACCAUCACUGACACUUACCCAUUGAUUUUCGGCUAUCUACAUGAGCAAAAUUGGAUUUGGUAUAAUAACAACAUGACAGAAGGUAGUCCAUACAUUGCAUGUACAGGCGAGUUUGACCUUAAUUGUGCUGGUUAUAAACUGUUGGACAGUGAUUUAAUGUUGGCACACCGACACUACUUCAAUGUUCUUGUCACUGGCUAUGGAGAAGAUGGCUGCCCUACUGCAAUUUUCUAA